AUGUCAACUAUUCAAUUUCCUUCUCCUCAAAAUCAUAUACUUCCACAUCAAAUUAUGUUUACAUAUCCACAAAAUAGUUCAGGAAAACCUAGUAGUCUUAAACGAGUAAUGGGUGCACUUUUUGGAUUAGCUGUAGGCGAUGUACUAGGAGUUGGUGUUGGAUUUCGUUCAGGUGAUUAUUUUGGGGAUUGUCCUGUCACUGGUAUAAAGAAAGGAGGUACACAAAGUCUAAAUCCAGGACAAUGGACAGAUAAUACAUCUAUGUGUUUAUGUCUUGCUUCAUCAUUUAUUACUAAGAAAAGUUUUGAUCCUUACAACCAAAUGGUUCGUUAUAAAUGGUGGUAUAAAAAAGGUUUUCUUUCAUCCACUGGUCAAUUUUUUAACAUCAAUAAUGCUACACGUCAGGCAUUAGACGAAUUUUGUCGCCGUCAAGAGACUUUAAAAAAGGCUUAUCAUAUGAACACUGACGAAGAAGUCGAUGAUCUUUCACUUGAGAAAAUUCGUGCCAUAAAAAAGUUCAAUUUAAAAUGUGGUUCCACAAGCACUACUGGAAGUGGAGUUCUUAUGUAUCUUGCUCCUAUACCACUCUUUUAUUUUCGUUCGCCUAAGGAUGCCGUUAAUUAUGCUGGACGCAGUGCUUCACUGUUUCAAGAUAAUAUUAAAGUGUUAGAUGCUUGUCGAUAUUAUGCAGCACUUAUUGUUGCAGCUAUUCGAGGUGAAAAAAAAGAAAGAUUGUUAGAUAAUCACUUCUACGAAGAUCAUCGAAGUUGGUUCGAAGCAAAAGAACUUCAUCCAGAAAUACUUCGCAUAGCUCAAGGCUCGUACAAGCGACCUCGUGGAUAUGAAGAUGGCAUUCGAGGAAAGGGAUAUAUAGUCGAUACCUUAGAAGCUGCUCUUUGGGUCUUUUGCUAUGAUAACAAUUCUUUCGAAAAAGGAUUUUCAGAUGCCGUUCGAUUAGGAGAAAAUAAUGAUACUACAGCAAUCAUAUACGGUCAAUUAGCUGGUGCUUAUUAUGGAUACCAACAAAUUCCAGAGUGUUGGCUUCGACAACUUUAUGCUAGUUCAUUGAUUGCUUGUGUUGGUCAUUGGUUACAUUUAUUCGGACAAGAACAAUCACCUACUGAACAAGAAUCGCCAAAAUUACGUCCAAAAGAGUCAAUACCUGCUAAAAACCAUCAAAGAAAUCAUCAGAAAGUAAAUGACAUUACCCCU